UCCCACCCACACUGGAGAGCGAUACAAACAUACAUGGCGGAACCCGCUUUGGAAUCGUGGAUUAGGAUGGAUUUUCCAACAUUAUUGAAUGAAAUUCUCGCUGAGAAGUUCCGUGAAAAACAUUUACUUGUUUUACAAUCACUGACAAAUGCGUUACGAAUUCAGGAUUACAGAGACCGCAGUGAGGAUGAAGCCUUCAGGAGCCUAAUGAAGAUCCUGUCAAAGCUAUCAGAGGAGAUCCAGGCUGCAGGUGGAGAGGUUGAAGAGCUGAUCCUGCAGUUGACUGCAGCAUGCUUCAGAGCCCAGAGGAAUGGCUGUGUACAGUGUGCACGCAACCAGUCCCUAUUGAGGUCACUUGGUGCUAUUGACCUGUCAAUCAGAAUCCUAGACAUGCUUCAGAAACUGAAGUCUGAGAACACUGACUACGUCUUUGAAGCACUUCGAUGUGGGGUACAGUUCAUUGGAAACCUUGCUGUUGAUAACCAGUUCUGCAAAGAUGACAUUUGGACACUCAUCUUUCCAGAUCUUCUCUUGGCCCUGCUGUGUGUGGAUGACGAAAGGGCAGUGGGCUACUCCUCCAUGGUGCUCCACACCUGUCUAGAUGAACACAAGGUGGAGCGACUGGCUCAUCCAGGGAACAUCCACCUGGCCCUGAAGGUCAUGGAGCUGUGUAGGACUCAGUCAGAACUGGACUGGACGGUUUUGAUUGCUACCCAGCACUUCCUCAAGUCCUCAGUGCUCGUUAAGAACAUGUAUGCAGGGAUGAGCCAUCAGGAGAGGGUGACGUUGCUGGAGCUCAUCUCUGCUCAGUUGGGAGAGGAGGACUCUGAGGAUUGUGGGAUCCCCCCCACCGUCGCUACCUUCCUGGCAUCCUGCUUCCAGGAGCGCUGUGGGGCCGUGCUCACACUCGCCUCCGAAUCAGACAAUGAGGAGGCCCUGACUGUGAUCAGCCUGUUAGAUGUUCUCUGUGAGAUGACCUCUGAUCACAAACAGUUCAUGUUCCUGCAGAACCAUCCUGACCUCCUCAAGUCUACCGUUGAUCUCCUGCAGCAGGUCCAUGCUCUGGGGAAGACCAGUAAGAAUGUAUUCACUGCAGCUCAGAACUUCUCCUUGGCUCAGGGAGGAGACUGCUCCUCCUCUCCCUCUGUCAGCUUCAAGGCACAUCUCAUCCGUCUCAUCGGAAACCUCUGUCACGGAAACACUGCCAACCAGAACAAGGUUCGGAAACUGGAUGGUCUUCCUCUCAUUAUGGACAACUGCAGUAUUGACAGCAACAAUCCCUUCAUCAGUCAAUGGGCCAUCUUUGCCACUCGGAAUAUUCUAGAACACAACCUGGAGAAUCAGGAGCUGGUGGCAGCUCUAGAACGUCGCGGGGUGGCCGAUGACUCCGCCUUGAGGGCCAUGGGCUUUAGAGUAGAGGAGAGAGAUGGUAACGUGCUGCUCAAACCUUGUUCAAAGGACCCUUAAAGGUGCCCUAAACUCUAAGGACUAUAUUGUGCUGCACCAUAUAGUGCUGCAUUACUUUUUAGUGCACUAUUGUUUUGCUCUGGUAGUGCACUACUUUUUAGCUCUAGCUCUUUUUUUUUGUUGGUUAAACUGUUGGAUGGCCUGGACCCAAUGUUCUGCUGAGAUUUGUUAUGGUACAGAAAACACAGGAUGGGCCCUUAUUUAAAAGUAGGUUUAAUUUGGAGUGUAGAGUGUUUUUUUUAACACUUUUUGUGUUUCUUUAAGUAAAGGGAAAUUAAGGGUUUCUAUGGGUCAAGUGAACUCCUGCUGGUAUCUGUGAUAUAGUGUUGGGGUUUAAUCAUCCAACAAAGGGCUACUCUGUUUCCUGCCCUUUCACCCCUCUGAGGGAGACUCUUAACAUCGGCAGGGGGUGGGCUCUAAUCCCAAAACCAAUCAAUUUUGCGGAAAUCAACAAAAAGCGAGAGAAUGACCGAAGGAACUGGACUGGAAUGUCGAUCUGACUUCAAGCUAGCUUCUGGAAUUAUCACAUUUUAUGGAAACCUCAGGCAUUUUGACUGGAGAAUGUUUUUUUUUCUCGAUUUCCACACAAAUGAUUUCAAACCAAUUUAAUGGUGCUAACCAAACUAUACAGGGUGCCCCCUCUAUUUCUAAGGAUGUUGCUCAUGGAAUGCAUUUUGAUUGUCUCGCUACAAGCGUUGCACUAUAUCUGCUUUUACCACCCUGUUUUGGCUUUUGGUGAGAAUAACAAUGACAGAUAGGACCAUUCCUGUCCUUCAGGUACCUGUUUCUGCAUGUUUCUUUACAACAACAAACCUUAGUUACAUUUUAGAUACAUAUUUGUUACAUGUUCCAACCAACAACACCAGUCGUCAAAUACCUUACACAUUUCAAUAACCUAAUCUAUGUUAUGGUCCUUCUGUAGCUCAGUUGGUAGAGCAUGGCGCUUGUAACGCCAGGGUAGUGGGUUCGAUUCCCGGGACCACCCAUACGUAGAAUGUAUGCACACAAGUCGCUUUGGAUAAAAGCGUCUGCUAAAUGGCAUAUAUUAUUAUUAUUAUGUGGCAGCUUUGUUUACUGUGUGUGUGUACUAGUGUGGAUGUUUGGCAGCCAGCUAGACAGAGGACAGACUGCCUGAGUGUGAUUGGAACAGUGUGUAGACAGUGAGCCGUUGUGUAAGUGGUAGUAUAUGUGUUUGUAGACAGAGAACAGGUAGUGUGAGUGGCAGUGCGUGUGAAUCAGACCAGAAGUAUUGGCUUGCAGAACGACCCCCCUCCCCCACUGAAUAAGCUGACCGGUCCUGACACCUCAACAAUGCACUGCUUUAGUCACCCGGCCCACUCGCCGCUCCGCCCUAUUUACUCGGGUCUCUUAUUUUUUAAUGACAAAAUGUAUUGAAACAAUCGGGUUGACUUUUCCCAAUCCGCUGGGUAUAGUGAGGGGAGCUUAUGAGGUUCCGGUCCCCAGCAUUUCAGACGCCUAACAAAACACGGCCUUUACUUCUGCUCCAGCGGCUGCCUGCAAUGCUUUUCAAACACAGGAAAACACAGAGAGAGCGUCAGGCUGGCUGAAUGAGGUGGCAGUCACAGCCGUCUAUUCAACAACUUCUGGGUCAGGAGUAAACAGCUGUCCAACCGCAGUCAGGACUGAGCGGUGUCAUCAAGAUCAGCCGUUUCACAACUCAAACCGUAACUCUGUACUCCUGUGCCUUCUGUACUGGUAUUCUUCACAAAUUAUAUCCGUACUACUCAAGCUCUAUAUAAUGGAUGAUUGUACUGCUGAAUAAAACUUUUGUGUGACAAA